CUGGGCCUUUGCUCAUGCUCUGCACUAUCCAUGCUGUACUGUUGCAUGGGGACACUUGCGUCUCUAAUAUCUUAAAACUCACACAAUUUGGAAUAAGUCUGACUUUAAAAUGUUGAAGAGAAAACCUUCAAAUGUUUCAGAAAAGGAGAAACAACAAAAGCCAAAGCGCAGCAGCAGCUUUGGGAAUUUUGACCGUUUUCGGAACAAUUCCAUAUCCAAACCAGCAGAUUCAAAUGAAAAAUGUGAAGAGGAAGACAUAAAUGAAGAUAGAGGGCAAGAACCAACUAAAACUACAAAUAAUGGCAGAAGUCUAGGCAAAAAAAUGAGGGCUAUUUCCUGGACUAUGAAGAAAAAAAUUGGUAAGAAGUACAUCAAAGCCCUUUCUGAGGACAAGGAUGAAGAAGAUGAAGAAGAUGCUUACUCAUAUAGAAACAGUGACCCAGGAGUUGCAGCCUACACUGAGAAAUUUCCUCUCAAAGGCAGUGACUCCAUGGACAGUAUCUACAGUGGUCAAAGUACAUCCAGUGGAAUCACAAGUUGUUCAGAUGGCACAAGUAACAGAGACAGCUUUAGAUUGGAUGAUGAAGUCCCAUACACAGGACCGUUCUGUGGCCGAGCCAGAGUACAUACAGAUUUCACACCAAGUCCCUAUGACACUGACUCACUCAAAAUUAAGAAAGGAGACAUCAUAGACAUUAUCUGCAAAACCCCAAUGGGUAUGUGGACAGGAAUGCUAAAUAAAAAAGUGGGCAAUUUCAAAUUCAUUUACGUGGACAUAAUCUUGGAAGAGGAAGCCACGCCAAAGAAGAUAAAAGCACACCAAAAGAGUAAGAGGGCCAAACCGCAAACUGUGCAGGAAUUCCUAGAGAGGAUUCUUCUUCAGGAAUAUACUUCAACACUUUUGCUAAAUGGUUAUGAAACCCUGGAAGAUUUAAAAGAUCUAAAGGAAAGUCAUUUGAUUGAACUGAACAUUGAAAACCCAGAAGACAGGAUGAGGUUGCUAUCAGCAACUGAAAAUCUAUUUGAUGACGAAACUUUAGAGGAAGAAAGUGAACCUGCAUCUCUAUCUUUAAAGCCAGACAUCACUUUUAACAAGUCACAGCUCAAUGACUGUCCAAGAGAUUCUGGUUGCUAUAUCUCAUCAGAAAGUUCAGAUAACAGCAAAGACGAUCUAGAGUCUGAAAAUCUGUCUACUAUGGUAGAGAAAAUUACUAUCACAGAGUCAAAUGAUUGAGCCUAUGUUUUUCAACAUUAUAAGCAGAUCCGAAGAUGAGACUAAUAGUCAAUUAGUUAAGAUAUAAAUGCAGUAGUGAAUUAUAACUUUUUUAUAUUUAAAAAUUCUUGAUGGCACACAGAUUUGAUUAUCUUGAUGUUUCAAAAUUCUGAUUAAAAAACCUUCAUUGUUAAAUGAUUUGUAGAUUAUAGUUGGAAGAACAAAUAAGAGAAAAAUAAGUGUUUGUAAAAAAAUACUUUCUAAAUCAAAAAAGUUAUUGUCCUUCAUGCAUUCCCAAUUGUUGUAAAUAGUGUAUGUAUUUAUUAUUUUAAAUGCUACAUGUUAAUAGUUCAUCAUUUCUUUCUCUUCAUGUCACCUUUUUUUACAUGAAACUUAUCUUUAAAAGCAUUUUACAAGUUCAUCAUCUUAAUAUUUGACCCUUAAGAAAAAGCAGUACAACCUCCAUGCCUACCAGUUACAAAUUUGUGUGUGCAAUUAUAGUGAUAAAUAGCUCUGCCACAGACAACUGCCUAUAAACUUAACUAUAAAUCUCUUGUCAAUAUCCCUCCUUUCCCUACCUCUAUCUCAAGCAAAUUGUUAAAGAAUUUUACCAGGCAUGGUUUAUAUUUUAAAAAUUAUUUUCAAAGACUUUUUUCAUGGUUAAAUAUUUACCAAUGUUUUUAAAAAGAGCUAAAAGAGGUUUAACAAGCAUAACCUUUAAUAAAAUUACUUAUAAUGUAAAUACCAUUGAUUUUGUCCUAAAAUAUUUACAUUGUGUACCU